AUGACUACAACGGGUCAUUCCGUAGAAGAAAGCCUCGUCACCUCGGUCACUGAGUACGUCAGGUCCUACAUGUCGAAUUACGACGGCUCUCAUGAUUUCAACCACAUCGAACGUGUUGUAGGACUUGCCAAAUACAUACAUGAUCGCUCGCCCGGCAUAACUACGCGAGACCUGCAAGUUGUCAUCUUAAGCGCCCUUCUGCACGAUGUAGGAGACAAGAAAUAUCUAAAGCCGGGUGAAGAUGCUUCAACCCUAGUAUACGAGCUCCUUCUAUCUCUAGGUGCAGCGGAGCAAUUUGCGAACCGGGUUCAGACAGUCUGUCUAGGCGUUAGCUAUUCGAGCGAGAUCAAGGAUCCAGCUCGGGUCCAGGAUCUCAUCAAAUCUCACCCUGAACUAGCAGUUGUUCAGGACGCUGAUCGGCUCGAUGCUAUUGGAGCUAUUGGGAUCGGAAGAGUCUUCACAUUUACAGGUGCUCGGACUAAAGCGUCUAUGGCAGAUUCUAUCCAGCAUUUCCACGACAAGUUACUAAAACUUGAGAGCAUGAUGAAGACGGACGUCGGACGAGAACUUGCUAAAGCAAAAACCGAGAAGAUGCAAGAAUUCCUCAAGUGGUGGGAUGAAGAAGCAGCAUUUUCUAGUGGAUUGCCGGCUGCAGUCUAA